AUGAGCGGAAAAUAUCUGGGACAUGAUUAUGAGCUUGGCGAGACGAGCUUCAUGGACUGGUCGGACGAGGAGUUGAAGCAGAUGGCUUUCCCUACUCAUGCUCUACCGAAACCCAUGCAAAAACAUAUCGACCUCAGUGAGCCGAAGAUUCCAAGAAAAUCCAGGGCAACUCGGAAAAACUACGAUUGGCGGAACAAGCGAAUAGGGGACAAGCGGAGAAGCUAUUCUGAAGAGUACCUCGUCGACUGCAGUAUGAGCGAAUGGGGCUGCUCGGGUGGGUGGUCGCGUUUUGCGUUGGAAUAUAUUGAGAUGUUUGGGAUACCUCGAGGAGCCCAGUAUCCAUACGUCAGCGGUCCAAAGCGCUCCCCGGCCGAUUGCAACGAGACUGUGAACGUCGAAUACCCAAUCUCUAAAGUCGAAUUCCUGACCGGAAAUGUGAGCCGAGCAAUGGAAUUCGUGAAGAACAAGGGGCCAAUUAUCGCUUCAAUGUACUUCUGCCGAGAUUUUCUCUACUACAAAUCCGGAAUCUACGCAGGACACUGUGAUCCGCAGGCCACAAACUACAUUGGAGGGCAUUCGGUGGCGAUUAUUGGAUACGGAACAAGUCGGAAAGGUAUUAACUACUGGCUGGCCAGAAAUUCAUGGGGUACUGGGUGGGGCGCAGAUGGGUAUUUUAUGAUAAAACGCGGCGCAAAUAUUGCAUCGUUCGAGACGUGGGAGCUGUUGGCGCCGGAGAGGAAAAUUUUUGACGUUGAC